AUGGAUCCCACGCAAGAGUUGGACAUCCUCAUCGUAGGAGCAGGCCUAUCCGGCAUUUGUGCCCUGACUCGUAUUCGGCAAGAACUUCCAAACGCCAAUGUCGCCGUGUUUGAAGCAGGGGACCGUGUGGGAGGUACCUGGGCUAAAAACACGUAUCCGGGUCUGAGCUGCGAUAUACCCUCUCAGCUUUAUUCGUAUUCAUUUGCUCUAAACCCAGAGUGGUCAGUCGUGUACGCCUCGCAGCCCGAGAUCCUCGCCUACAUUGAGAGCGUAGUUUCUCGUUUUGAUCACUCCAGCCAUAUCCAUCUGGGCCAGGCGUGCACAGCGGCAGAGUGGCUCGAGGAUGCGUUUCUCUGGCGCGUCUACUUUGUUGAUCGGGAGUCGGGCCGCAGCUACGUCAAACAUGCGCGGUUUCUCAUCACGGCCGUCGGCUUCUGCGAUGUGCCAAACGGUGCGGAAGACAUCCGGGACGUACAAAACUUUGAUGGUCGCUUGUUCCACAGCGCUAACUGGGACCACUCGUUCGACUUCCACAACAAGAGCGUGGUUGUGGUUGGGAACGGGUGUUCGGCAAACCAGUUCAUCCCCCACCUCGUCGAGCACGGGUCAAUCCGGAGCAUGGUGCAGGUCACGAGGAGUCCGCAUUGGAUUGCCCCAAAGGACAACGGCCCAGUGCCCACGCGGCAGAAGUGGCUGUUCCGCUCAUUCCCGGCAUCGAACCGACUGUGGAGAUGGUGUCUUGCUGCGAAACUCGACUUGGCGUUUGCGGCGUUCACGACUGGCACGGUGGGAAGGGUGCUCCGAGGGGCCCUGCAGAAACACCUCGAGGGCUACAUGCGGCGUACGGCGCCUUCGGAGUAUCACGACAUCCUCAUCCCGGAUUUCGACUUUGGGGCGAAGCGGCCGGUUUUGGAUCACGGCUACCUCGGCACGCUCCACGACCCGAGGGUGAAGCUCCUGCGAUCACCCUCGCUCGCGGUCGUCGGGCCGCGCGACAUCCAGACGGAGAGUGGAGAGAGCUUUCCGGCUGAUGUGAUCAUUCUCGCCAACGGCUUCAAGACGCAGGAUCUCCUGACCCCCAUGACAAUCAUAGGGCAAAAUGGGGCAGAGCUCCCCAAGCUUUGGCGCGAAGAGGGAAACUUUGCGUCGGCCUAUAUGGGUGUCUGUGUGCCACAUUUCCCGAAUCUCUUCCUCCUCACCGGGCCAAACACCUUGCCGUCAGGCCAUUCCACGCUGGCCGGAAUCGAGUGCUCCGUGGAGUACAUCCUGCGAGUCAUCGCCCGCCUCGCUAAGAAUGCCACGACGACCAAGGGAGUGAAGGUCCAAGUCAAGCCAACCGCACACAAGUCCUUCAACGAUUGGAUCGAGGCAAAAAUGCAAAACCUUGUGUACACGGCAAAGGUGCGGAACUGGUACGUCGAUAGCCGUUCCGGACGGAACACACUCAUCUGGCCCGGGUCACAAUUGGCGUUUUGGUGGUCAAGAUGUGUGAAGAACGUGCGCUGGGGCGAUUUCGAAGUAGAAUGGAAAGGCCUUUGA